AGUACGUUAAAGUGUUUGAACGCUACCGGACGUUUUGCCUGCGCUAUCAAUUAUGGACUUUAUUGACAUAGAAUUGUUAAUAUCUCUGAUAGAGAGUCGGCCGGCGCUAUGGGACAUCACGGAUGAGUGUUAUAAGAACAAGCAAUCGCAUUUCGCAGCAUGGAUGAAGAUAUGCACCGCGCUGAACGACGACUUCCAAGCCUUGCCCGAUAAAGAAAAAAAUGAUUUCCGCAAAGAAGUAGUAAAGAAAUGGAACAACGCACGAGACAAUUGGAUGAAAUGUCACAAGCGAUUAAUAAAUAACGCGUCGGAAUCUAAAAGCUACAGAAAAUACAAAUACUACAACCAGAUGUCGUUUUUGAAGAAAGUGGUGCGAAUACCGAGGCAGUCUGUAGAAUCAAAUAGUUCUACCGAGAACGAGGUUGACAACCCAAUCAAUGAAGAUAAUCCACAGUCAGACGAAGAUGCUCCUAUUAAAGUUGUAAAAAAGAAAGACAGGAAAAGAAAAAGACAGGAAACAAACGAACAAGAAGAAAUGGUGUCUUUGUUAAAUUCUAUUGAGAGUGAUGACAAAAGCAGGAUAAUGUGUUUCUUCAAAAGCAUUGCUCCGACUGUUGAUAGGUUUAAUGAUGACGAUAUCGUAGAAUUUCAAUACGAAGUUAUUAAAGUGAUGAGAAAUAUAAGUAGAAGGAAUCAAGGAUCGCAUUACGUUUACUUGUCAAACUCUUAGAACUGAGUCGUCGGAGCUCUGAAACUAGUAAAUACCUUUUGAGUAAUAAAUGACCAAAUGUCAUUAAGGACUGUCAAUUUAAUGUUAAGCAAUCAGUGUUUAGUAUCUCGAAUGAUAAGGAAGUGAAAAAAAUGACCACUCAGAACACUAAUAAAUAUAUAUUUAAUACUUUAUGUAAAAGUUAAUAAAAUAAUACGAAUUUAA